GGCUCAACAGCGGGCACCGCGUCAUCUGGCAAGACAGUGGGCACCAAGUCACCAGGCACGACAGUGGGCUCUGAGUCAAUUGGCACGACAGCGGGCACCGGGUCAUCAGGUACCGGAUUGUCUGGCUCGACAGCGGGCAUCGGGUCACCAGGUAUGACAGCGGGCACUGGGUCACCAGGCAUCAGGUCAUUUGGCUUGCCAGCGGGCACCGCGUCACCUGGCAAGGCAGUGGGCACCGGGUCACCAGGCAUUGGAUCGUCUGGCUCGACAGCGGGCAUCGGGUCACCAGACAUCAGGUCAUUUGGCUCGCCAGCGGGCACCGCGUCAUCUGGCAAGGCAGUGGGCACCGAGUCACCAGGUACGACAGCGGGCUCUGAGUCAAUUGGCACGACAGCGGGCACCGAAUCAGGUACCGGAUCAUCUGGAUCAACAGCGGGCAUCGAGUCAACUGGC